AUGCGAUUUUUCCGUGGCUUGGUUCCAUUGAUAACCAGUGCUCUCUCAAUUUUUACUUCUAACGUUGAUGCACAUUCCGAAAGACGGAGUAACAUCGGCUAUCUUUCCCUCGUCGAACAACCUACUAUCCAUACUCCAUCCCAUCGAGUAAAUGCACUGUCACAUUUCGAUAUUACGUUCGAACUCCAUAAGAGACGGCAGCGGCUAAAACUUAGCUUAGAGCCUAAUCAUGAUAUCCUUCCCGACGAUGCCCAGGUGCACUUCCUGGACCAGGCUGGAAAUAUCCAGAAAUCAGAAUUCAUAAAGCGACAAGAUCACAAGGUAUUCAAGGGUUGGUCCUGGAUUCAAGUUGCUGAAGGAAACUGGGAACGGGCCGGUUGGGCCCGUGUGGUUGUCAAGAAAGAUUGGCUCAACCCUCUUUUCGAAGGAACCUUUACCGUAAACCAUGACCACCAUCACGUUCUGCUAAGAUCAAGUUAUGCCAAGUCAAAGCAUGAACUCGACAAGGAUGUGGAGGACACCACCGGGGAGUACAUGAUAGUUUUUCGGGAUUCUGAUAUGGAGUUGAUCGAAGAUGAUGAUGUGACUAAACGGUCCUCUCCAGAGACCCAUUCUUGCGGAGCUGAUAAUCUGCUGUUUAACUCGGAUCCCGACCAUCCCGUCUUUCGCCGAACGGCAGAGCGGGACACUACUCGUUGGGGUUCCAUGUCGUUGGAAUCCGUCUUCGGCUUGAGCCGACGACAAUUGGACAUGCCAGGAGGUGGGAAUGCUGGCGGGGUGAAUUUGGCCACGACCAUCGGAAGCACUGCGGGCUGCCCAUCCAGGAGGAAAGUCGCUUUAAUCGGGGUGGCAACUGACUGCAGUUACGCUCAGACCUUCGAUUCACAGCCGCAGCUCACCAGAGAAAAUGUCAUAAGUGUCGUCAACAGUGCGUCCCAGGUUUACGAAGAAACCUUUAACGUCUCACUUGGCCUGCGAAAUUUGAUCGUUUCCCCUGCAGCCUGUCCUGCAUCGCCUGUAGCUUCAGCUCCAUGGAAUGUCGGCUGCGGUGGGGCUGGGGAUGCCCUUACUCUUGGUCAACGACUCAACUUGUUCUCGGCAUGGCGUGGGAAGCAAAAGGACGACAAUGCCUUUUGGACUCUCAUGAGCAACUGUAGGACUGGCGCCGAAGUUGGGCUUGCUUGGCUCGGGCAGUUGUGCAACCGUGACGUCCGUGGUAAUCCAAAUCCGAAUAACAGCUCGUCGCAAGCCGUAACAGGUGCUAAUGUGGUCGCUCGCACUCCGAACGAGUGGCAAGUAUUUGCCCAUGAAGUUGGGCACACUUUUGGAGCUGUCCAUGAUUGUGACGCCAGCCUUUGCAAUCAGCAAGCAGCAGCUACGUCUCAGUGCUGUCCUUUCUCCAGAGGCUCUUGCAAUGCAAAUGGAAGAUUCAUCAUGAACCCCACCUCCGGCCGCGGAAUCACGCAAUUCUCACCCUGUACCGUCGGCAACAUUUGUUCGGGCAUGGGACGUAAUAGCGUGCGGUCGGACUGUCUCGUGAAUAACCGCGGCGUGGUGACCAUCACCGGAAGCCAGUGUGGGAACGGGAUCGUGGAGGAAGGCGAGGACUGCGAUUGCGGGGGAGAAGCUUCAUGCAGAGGCAACCCUUGCUGCGAUGCCCAAACAUGCAAGUUUAAAGAUAAUGCAGUCUGCGACGAUUCAAACGAGGAAUGCUGCGAAAAUUGCCAGGAUAAAUCCAGCGACAGUGUUUGCAGGGCUAGCACUGGCCCUUGUGAUCCUGAGGAAAAGUGUACUGGCAAGUCCCCUAAUUGCCCUCCGGACAAAAACAAACCGGAUGGAGAGUCAUGUGGGAACGGUCUCGCCUGUGCCAGUGGACAAUGCACGAGCAGAGACCGCCAAUGCCAAACGUUGAUGGGUAGUCUGCUCGGCGGCAACGACACGUACUCUUGCGAUGACCGGACGUGCACCUUGACGUGUUCGUCACCAUCCCUCCCCCCUAACACCUGCUCGUCACUCAACCAGAACUUCCUUGAUGGAACCCCCUGUACUGCUGGUGGGCGGUGUAAAAACGGCGUCUGCGAAGGCUCGUCGUUUGGAAAAGAAGUCAAGUCCUGGAUCGACAACAAUAGAAGCCUCGUUAUUGGUCUUGCAGCCGGUAUUGGCGGUCUGCUCCUCCUUUCAAUCCUAAGCUGUAUAGUAAAACGAUGUCGAACACGUCGACCCCCCAAGUCGAUGGCCCCAAUGACGCAAGGAGCAGUUUUUUCCCCGCCACCACCUGGGCUUUCGGGAUGGAGAGGACAACGACCGGCAGACCCUUUCAUUUCAUACCCACCGCAGCAAGGCUACGGCCCAGGGGGUCCUAUCGACCCGCCCUUCCCUCCGCCAGCAUACGGAAGUACUGCAGCAGCCCGGGGAAGAAUGCCGUCAGUUCGAUAUGCAUGA